AUCUCGGCCAUUUGUGGCACUAUUCUCUUGGACGGAUGGGCAGGAGAAAUGUUGUUGUGAAGCAGGACGGAAGAACAGCAACUCAGUUCGGUCAGAAGUUCGGAGACGAAGCCGAUGGACGAGAAGAGGACAACUGAAACCCUAAAUAAAUUCAAUCCUUACCCCAUUAAUCGCACCGAACCUCUAUAUUUAUUGCCCGCUAUAAGCUCACUCGUCCCUUUGCUCCAUCGCUCGAUUCUUUCUUUCGGAUUUGAGCAUCGAACUAGUUGAUGGUUUUUGAAUUGUAAGAGGAGGUCGCCCUCGUUUGCUUCUUUUGCCGCCGGAGGCGUUCCCUGCGAGUGAGAGGCAGCCGAGGGCCAGCCGAGGGUUCUAAUUGGAGGAGAGCAAUGUCGUCGGCUGCGAUAGCUCUCAAUCCAAUUGGGGAGGAUUUAUCUCUUUCCUCCUUCAAACGGUCGGCUCACUGCUCCCCAGAGCCGAUCCUCGUCUACCUUGCGGUACCUGGUUCGUCCGUGAUCCCAAUGCCAGUCUUCGAAUCAGACUCCAUUUCCUCGGUUAAGCUGCGCAUCCAAAGAUGCGGGGGCUUCAUGUUCAAGAAGCAGAAACUGGUCUUCGAUGGUCGGGAGCUUUCAAGGAACGACUGCCUUGUAAGGGACUACGGCGUUUCUGACGGAAACUUGCUUCACCUCGUCAUCCUCCUUUCUGAUCUUGGAUUUGUUACAGUGAAGACUGUGUGCGGAAAAAAAUUUAAAUUUCAUAUUGAAAGAAACCGCACGGUCUCCUAUGUCAAGCAACAUAUUGCCAGGAGGGGCAAGGAUCUUGUUGAUCUAGAGAACCACAAGCUUUGCCAUGAUGGCAAGGAGCUUGAUGAUCAUUUGAUGAUUCAGGAUAUCUGUAGCUAUAAUGAUGCUGUGAUCCAUUUGAUUGUGCGCAAGUGUGCUAAAGUCAGGACUCAACCGAUUGACAAGGCCUUAAAUCUUUCAAUAUUAGCUCCAACUGCAACUGAUAAGGAAGAAUGCAAGAAACCAUUGAAAAGGGAGGUUUGGAUUGAGCCAUUUGCUGUCAACCCUAAGAUUAUAUUAUCACCAGUAAUCAAGAAACUUAUUCAAUCUGCAUUGGCUGGACUAAAGAAGGGGAAUCCUCCUGUCAUGUCCUCUGAAGGUACAGGCGGUGCAUAUUUUAUGCAAGAUGUUUCAGGGAAAGAAUUUGUGGCUGUUUUUAAGCCAAUUGAUGAGGAGCCAAUGGCAGAGAACAACCCAAGGGGGCUUCCCCUAUCAUUGGAUGGAAUUGGAUUGAAGAAGGGAACACGAGUUGGGGAGGGGGCACUUAGGGAAGUUGCAGCUUAUUUGCUCGACCAUCCGAUUAGUGGGCGUCGAACAUCAAUGUGUGAUGAGUUUGGUUUCUCUGGUGUUCCUCCAACAAUAAUGGUUCAGUGCCUUAGUGAUUGUUUUAAUCAUUCAAAACAAUUUGAUCGUGCUACGCCGGAUUUCAAGGUUGGGUCAAUGCAGAUGUAUGUGAAGAAUUGUGGGAGUUGUGAAGAUAUGAGCCCAAGAGCUUUUCCUGUGGAGGAGAUUCAUAAGAUCACUGUGUUAGAUAUAAGAUUGGCUAAUGCAGAUAGGCAUGGUGGGAAUAUUUUGUUUUGCAAAGAGGGAGAAGAAGGGAGAAUUGUGCUGGUCCCCAUCGAUCAUGGGUAUUGCCUUCCUGAGGAUUUUGAGGACUGCACAUUUGAAUGGCUUCACUGGCCUCAAGCCCGUAUACCUUACAAUGCUGAAACCGUCGAGUACAUAAAAUCACUAAACGUAGAAGAAGACAUCGAGCUUCUCAGGUUUAAUGGUUGGGAGUUGUCAUCUCUUUGCGCUCGAACUCUUCGAAUUUGUACCAUUCUUCUCAAAAAAGGUGCAGAAAGAAGCCUUUCUCCUUAUGAGAUUGGAAGAGUCCUCUGCAGGGAAACACUCAAGAAAGAAUCAAAGAUCGAAGGCAUGAUCCGCAAAGCAAAGGAAGCCAUUCUUCCUGAGACUUGUGAGGCUGCUUUCAUGGAAUCCAUCUCUCAACUUAUGGACCGUUAUCUUGAUGAGCUUGCUGAAUGAUCAAAUUAUGAUUUAUAUAAAUAGAUAGAUAGAUAUUCAUAUAUAUAUUAACUAGAUAUUUGCGAGGCAUUUUGUUAUUGAUAUAUGGGCAUAAGGUCUUUAUCUACUGCCCCUUCUUCCCCUCUGUUUAGGUUAAUUUGGUCAUGCAAUGACCGGAACUUAAGAGGGGGGAGGUUCUUGUGCUGCUGAGCUGCAGUUCUUAUCAGUUAGCUUUUUCUUUCUUCUGUUUUCUGAACAAUUUUUUGUUCUGGGAGAGGAUGGAAAUGAGCUCAAGAUCCUUGUAAUUUUUCUCAUUUUGGUGGUGCUUUUGGCAAGUAGAAUAAAUUGGGAUCAUUUUAUUUCCCAUAUGUAUACUUUUGCAGACUAUUUUGAGUUAUAUGAGAUCUGGUGAUGCUUUUUUUU